CGUUCCGGAGCUGUGACGCCGACCGAAGAGAUGGAAUUUAUGGAAGACUAUGCUCCUCGGCCGCAGCAGUACCGCGGAGGCAUUCUGGGUUCCCUACUAAAGCUGUACGGGCAACAGCAACGUGGCCCCGGACAGACAUCCCCUAGUCUCCAAUCGCCUGGACUUCACAAACCGCACUUCAAAGGCGACUACAGCGCGUUGUCCACACCCCAACACUCGCCUCCCGAGUCCGGCACCUCCACGCCCAACGGUCGCCACUGGUACUCGUACAAGCACUCCAAGAACAAUCAAUCCACUUCAUCUCUCGCUCAGCUCGUCGGAUCGACCACCAGCUUCGGCUCUCCCGCCGUCACCGGUCUCGGCGAACAAGUCACCCAGCGCCUGAAAGAACGCCAGCAACAGGAAGCCAGCAAGCGCCCUACUCUCGGCAAACGACUCAACAGUGAAGGGAAAGCGGCCAUCAACCGCCUCAGCCGCGCUCGCUUCGAUGCCGAGAUCCGCAUCACGAAACAUAUUGGCGAGACGAUCGCACGGCAGAAGUACUUGACCAAGAUCUGCAAGGCGUUGAUGCAGUAUGGUGCUCCGACGCAUCGAUUGGAGGAGUAUAUGCGUAUGAGUGCGAGGGUGCUUGAGACGGAUGCGCAAUUCUUGUAUAUUCCUGGAGCGAUGAUCAUGUCGUUUGAGGAUCGGGAUACACAUACCAGUGAGGUGAAGUUGGUCAAGGUGGCGCAAGGUCUAGACCUGGGUAAGCUGAGGGAUGUGCACGAGGUGUAUAAGGAAGUGGUGCACGACCGGCUCGGCGUUGAAGAAGCCAUGAGCCGCCUGAAAGAAAUCACCAACCGCAAAGACAAACACAACCGCCUCGCCCGCAUCCCCAUCUUCGGCCUGGCCGCUGUCUGCGUGGGACCCUUUGCCUUCCAAGCCCGACUCAUCGACCUUCCCAUUUCAUUCCUCCUCGGCUGCAUCUUGGGCAUCCUCCAACUCUACGUCGCGCCGUCGUCGGAUCUCUAUGCUAACGUCUUUGAGAUCGCCGCGACAGUCAUCACGUCGUUCCUCGCUCGCGCAUUCGGCAGCAUUCGAGGUGGAGACCUGUUCUGCUUUUCGGCUCUCGCUCAAUCCUCGAUUGCACUCAUCCUUCCUGGCUACACCGUGCUUUGCGCAUCCCUUGAGCUGCAAUCUCGCUCCAUGGUCGCUGGUAGUAUCCGAAUGGUCUAUGCUAUCAUCUAUUCGCUUUUUCUCGGCUUCGGCAUCACCAUCGGCACGGCCAUCUAUGGCAUGAUAGACUCCAACGCCACCUCAGCCACGACCUGUUCCAAGCCGCUCCCAGGGUACUGGGGUUUCUUCUUCGUCCCGGGAUUCACCAUGUGCCUGAUCAUCAUCAAUCAAGCCAAGUGGAAGCAAGCGCCGAUCAUGAUGGUCAUCUCCUUCGCCGGCUACGUGGUCAACUACUUCUCCUCACAACGCUUCUCCGGCAACUCACAAGUCGCCAACACCCUCGGCGCGCUCGUUAUCGGCGUCAUGGCGAACCUCUACUCUCGUCUCGGCGGCACAGUCGAAAACGUUUGUUUGGAUAUUUGGGAAGACCGACUUCGUCCGAAGUGGAGGUGUCUCCGGAAACGAAUUUUCGGCCACGAGAGUCGGAAGUUUUCUGGCAAGGCGGCGGAGGAAGGCACCGCAAGUGACAACGAAUCCGUCUACGUUCGCCAGACGAGGAGGCUGGGAUACAGUCUGGCGGCUGCGGCCAUGUUGCCUGCAAUCUUUGUGCAAGUUCCUUCAGGAUUGGCGGUGAAUGGCUCGUUGAUCACGGGCAUCUCGUCCGCGAACCAAAUCACGGGCAAUACAACCGUGAUACCCGGCACAGCAUCGCAGGACAGCACCGCGUUGACCGUGAGCUAUUCGGUGAUUCAGGUUGCGAUUGGCAUUACAGUCGGACUAUUCUUGAGUGCCAUUGUGGUGUAUCCCUUUGGAAAGAAGAGGUCGGGAUUGUUCAGUUUUUGAUCAAGAGAAGAUCGACAGAAAACGUCUUGAAGACCAUGGUUGAGAUGGAGUUUGGAAACUGUGCUGUUAGCGAAUUUGAAUACCCAGAUAGAUCGACUCUGUUCGAAGGGCAUAAUGUUAAUACUCUCAAUGAGG